GAUAUAUUCCCCAACCUAUAUUUCGUCAGCUGUACAUGACAGUAACCACCUCUCUCUCUCUCUCUCUUUCCCUCCCUCCCUCCCUCUCUCUCUUUCUCUCUCUCUCUCUCUCUCUUCACAAAAUCCCCAGGAGAAACCCACCUAGUUUAUUAGAUUUGUGGGGUCUGUUUGAACUUUGAAGCAGGAGAAAAAAAGAUGCCCGGAGCAGAAAACAACAGCAGCAGGAAGAGACCACUGGAGCAGCCCUCAUCAGCUUCUACUUUAAGUCUCAAGGUCAAGGGUCAGGAUGGCAUUGAAGUGCUUUUCAGUAUCAAACGUAGCACCGUGUUGAAAAAGCUCCUGGUGGCUUAUUGCCAAAAGCGAAACUUUGACUACAAAACCAUGGAGUUCCUCUACAAUGGCGAUUGCUUUUCUCAUAAUCGAUCCGCUGAAGAUCUUAACAUGGGCGAAGAGGAUGAAAUCGAUGCCAUGUGGCACCAAGAUGGAGGUGGCUGUGUGGGAAAAUGACUGCAUACACAUACAUAUAGUGCAAACAUGGGUUCUGGCAAUGUGGAUAUUUAGCACUAUUUGCUUGUGGCAUGCUUGUGUUUGAACUAACCAGCGAAGUUUUCUUUUUUCGUAGCGUUUCUAAUUUUCGGUUUAUGUGAUGCAAAACUCUGGAUAUUUUUCUUCACAUAUUGUUAGGUUACCCUUUUUCUAGUGGCGAAUUUCUUCAAAACCGCAGUGCAGGGGUGUUUUUAAUCCUUAAUUCCUUUGAAUCGGGAGGGUUAAUCCCGAUUUUUUACGGUUGUUAUCUCUGUCAUUCAUUA